AUGAUGCAUGCGGCGCUUGUACAUGGCGUUUACGGUGUGGUGCAUGAAGAAUACACAGAGAUGAUGAGGCCGCUUGGAUACAAUGACAUCCUCCGGCUUGUUGACAGCAGAAUCGAGCUGGGCUCUAAGAGCACCCAGAAGAAGGUGAUGUUUUAUAUCAAAAGCAUCUACAAGCAGCGAUAUGGAAAGGAAAGCAUCACUGCAAUCAUAUCUUCGGGCUCUGACGAGCCACAGUUUCUAGGAUACACAGACGGGAAGAAGAAAGGGAUUGUGGUACAAAACCAGGCAUUUGAAUGGAGCCUGAAAAGAGUGGAAGGCACCAAUGGAUACAAUAUCACGCCUGAAUGGGCUGAAGAUGAGUGCAUGACGCUGUCUGAUGAAGAAAUUCUAAGCAUCUCUACAUGCAGGAUUCAGUAUAGCAGGCAGGUUUUUGUUUUUGAGGAUGAGCCCUAUCCGAUUUCUCAUCGGAAAAAGAAUACCAGAAGUGCAAAUGAAAUACACGAUGGCUACCAUUCAGACAGCUCAUCGGAUCUAAAUUAUUAUAUUGGAAGUGUCAGCGACUCGUCGAGGUACGCUGAGGACGACAGCUCGCAUGCGCCAGCAAAGCUUGCGAGGAUAUCAGACUCCUCGGACUCAGAUGCCAUCAAGGAGUUGCUGGAGCCUAGCGUUGUAAGAGUGGCCUCAGACCCGCCAAAGCCUGUGAGUAGUACAACUUACAGCAGUAUAACCACGUAUGGCAACAGUAUGGUUUCGCCUGUGCCUGUAACUGUGUUAACCUCUGUUUUGACAUCGACGUCCGUAUCAACUGUUUUGGUUCAUGUGACAAAGACGGUUGAUGAUGAGCAGACAAUAACGAUCAUCAACGAGCCAACGAAAAACAGAAAAAAAAGCAGGUGUAUGAAUAAAGGCAUUCUUCCGUCGAUUAUCUCGGCAUCGGACGUCUGCAAUGAAAACGAAAGCAACAGCAGCAGUGAGUCAUUUAACGAGUCGAAUUACUACCAAAAUGAUUUGAAGUACUACAAUAGCUUUGCAGACAUGAGAAUCCAGGAUAUCAAGAGCCUUAAUGAUGUGAAGUCGUUUAGUCUAAAUGAGUUUCCAGUGCUUAAAAAGUUUAUUUCUCUGUAUGAAACUGAUAGCAAUGCCCAGAUACAAAGCACGGUCACCAGUCCCUAUACAUUGUCGAUAACAACAGUGGCAUAG